UUAUUCUGCCCGUGGGACAGCGCUGCAAGCCGCAAUGUAAAAUCCCCAUGCCCGGCUCCCACCGCCCCUCCGGGGCUCCCGCGGGUGUCACAGGGACGCGCGGAGGUGACGCCAGCCCGGGCUCAGCCCUGCCCGGCAGCACCCCGCAAGCUUUGACUCCCGCACCCCAGGGAGAAGAUGAGCGAUGAGGAGAUUCUUGUGUCUCCAAUACAACUUGGAAAAAAUUCCUGCCUCUAUUUUGAAGAUGAUGAUGGUCUGGAAUGUGAUGCCUUCUGUAAGGAUAAAAUUCUCUACAGAGUCCUGAGAAAUGUCAACAGCCAGUUGCUUGUGGUUCGACCAGAUUUAAACGUGGCAGCUUUUGAACAUCUGACAGACCAGGAGAUGAAAUCUGGCAAUGGAAUGCUGUUCAGCAUCCACUGUUACAAUAGUACCACACCUGGGGCAGGGACACCUGUUGCAUUCAGUGUCCAGGUAGAAGAUAAAAGUUACUACAUGUGUUGUGAGGAGGAAUGUGGAAAAAUGAUCAUUCAAUUUAAGGAAGGAGAAGUUCCUGAGAAAUUUCCUGGUGAAAGUAAUGUAAUCUUUUUCAAAAAGAGAUUUACAUCUUCUAGUUCCAGAGCAUUUAAGUUUGAAUACUCACUAGAACAAGGAAUGUUUCUGGCCUUUGAGGAAGAAGGUAGCUUAAGAAAAUUAAUUCUAAAGAAACUCUCAAGAGAAGAUGAAGUGGAUGAAACCAUGAAGAUAAGUUUCCAACUUAAGUCAGAAUGAGAGUGACAACAUAUGACAUACUGCAAGUCUUAAAAUACGUUUAAGAAAGAUAUUUUUUCUUCAGGCAAGUCAGUUUUAUGUUUUUAGCUGCCAUAAAUCAGUACAAAAUAAAGGAAAAGAAAUCCAAACUAUUGGUAAAAGGAAGCAGAAUAUUUUCUGGUCAGAAGAGAAUUACACCAUGAAGAAACAAGAAUGUGCAUGUCUGUGUGGUCCUGUUUGAUCCCAAUCAUCUUUACUGGCUAUUGAUCAAGCAGCUUUUGAAUCAGGUGUCAUAUAUAUGAAGUAGACCUAUUUUGGGGAGGGAGAAAAGACCACUUAAAAUGUAUUUCUAUAAGCUGACCAUGCACCUAGCCAAUAAACACUGGGUUUGCAUCAGGAUUACUUCUGGAGUGUCUCCAUCAAUCUGUUACAGUGACAUUCUCAUCUUCACCUGAAGUAGAAA